AUGACCGAAGACGCUACUAAAUACGCACCCCUUAAGAACGAUCUUCUGCUUCGUGCUGCCAGAGGCGAAAAGGUCGAGAGACCUCCUGUUUGGAUCAUGAGACAAGCUGGGAGAUAUCUCCCUGAGUACCACGAAGUCAAGGCUGGCAGAGACUUUUUCGAAACAUGCCGGGAUCCUGAAAUUGCUUCUGAAAUCACCAUCCAACCUGUUGACCAUUACGAUGGCCUCAUUGAUGCCGCAAUCAUCUUUUCAGAUAUCCUUGUCAUUCCUCAGGCCAUGGGUAUGGCUGUCGAAAUCCGCGAAAAAACUGGCCCCUUUUUCCCUGAUCCCAUGCGCGAGCCUUCUGACAUUGACCGACUCUUGAGUUCGGACGUUGAUGUUACCAAGGAACUUGCAUGGGCCUUUGAGGCUAUCUCAACCACCCGCCGUAAGCUCAAUGGCCGUGUUCCUCUGCUUGGCUUUUGCGGUGGCCCUUUUACUCUUCUCGUUUAUAUGACUGAGGGUGGUUCUACCAAGCUUUACCGCUACAUCCGCACAUGGAUCUACAAACACCCUGAGGCUGCUAAGCAGGUUCUCCAACGUAUCACCGACGUUGCUGUCGAAUUCUUGGCCCAGCAAGUCAAGGCUGGUGCUCAGAUGCUCCAGGUCUUUGAGUCCUGGGCUGGUGAACUUGGGCCUGCUGAGUUUGCUGAGUUUUCUCUCCCCUAUCUGCGCCAAAUUGCUGAACGUCUCCCCCGUCGUCUACAUGAGCUUGGUCUUGUGUCGGACCCAGAACGUAACCAUGAGGUCCCAGUGACUAUUUUUGCCAAAGGUGCUUGGUACGCUCUUGAUGAUCUGGCCAAUACUGGUUACAAUGCCAUUUCUCUCGACUGGCUUUAUGACCCUGCCCUAGCCGUCAAGACUGUGGCAGGACGUGCUACUCUCCAGGGCAAUCUGGAUCCUGGUGUCAUUUAUGGUUCUAAGGAAACUAUCACUCGCAAGGUUGAAGAAAUGAUUGCUGGUUUUGGUGGAGGCAAGCAGAACUAUAUCAUUAACCUUGGCCAUGGCACCCAACCCUUUUUUGACCCUGAGAUGGUUGGUUUCUUUCUUGAAGAGUGUCACCGUGUUGGAAGCCUUUAA